CAUACGACUUUUAAAUUACUGUACAAAUCAACGGACAAGCUGUAAGCAUGUACUCUACUAAUAUUCAGUCUUUCACAAUGAAUUUUAACAGUUUAUGUUUCCAAAUUGUUCAGAUUAUUGGAAACCAUCAAACAAACAACACAAAGCUAUAAGAAACUCGACCUCUCUAUAAACUAAUGACCUUUGAAAUUAACCUAAGACCUUGAAUGGCAUGAUUCUACAGUAGUUUUUGGGAAUCUACAGUUGGUAGUCUCAAUAAAAUUCUCCCUUUUUAUAAUUAAAUCUUGAUUUUAUGUCCAAAAGACUAAAAUAACUCGGUUAAUUCUCUCCCAGGCGUGAUAAUCGAGGAACCCCUUUCGUUUCUCUCUUCUGGCGCCGGCGAAGCUUUUCUUUGCCUGCGUCGGGACUUAACCCAACUCCUCUCUCUCCGUUCUCGCUCUCUUUGUCUUGUUGUUGUUCUAGUUUUAGUUUUAGUUAAGUUCUAUUUCCCCUUUAAUCCCUUUAUAUCCCCUCCCACUCACCUAACCUCAAUCACCGAUCUGAAUUCCGAAGAGAACAGCUGCUGGCCGGAGUUUCCCUGCUCCUACAUGCAAAAAGACUCUUUCCCGGAGAUGGUAUCUGAUGACCCAACUAUUAUCAGAUCUGGAACUAUGAUCCACCAAGAGGAGACCUCAUAUCAGACUUCAGAGAUGGCGGAAGUAGACCUUCUUGAACCAUCGAUUACGCUGAACCUGGUGAGGAUGUCGAUGGCACACGACGGCUCUCCCACUCUGGCAUCGAGUUCCUGUACCGGAGAUCUUAAGCUCCAUUCUGUUACCUCAAGCUCCAUUCUCAACCUCCAACCACCAUCCCUCUCUUCACCGGAGAUGACUGAGACCCUGAAUCCGACAUCCGCCCAACCUGGCCGCCGCAUGAUCCGUACGAUACACCCGCUUGAGAAACUAGGUUUCCCAUUGUUGGGCCCAACAAAUCUCGGCCCACUAAGGUUUUGGAGCCCGUUACCAUUAGAUGUCGCAAUUGUUCCUCAUAUGCUUUUAUCCAGGUUUGCUCGUAACUCAAAUCCUUCCCACCCUAGGCAAUUAGUGUGUAGAUUUAUGGAACCAUUUGUUCGAAGACUGCAUUUGGAAAGUAAAUCACCAUUGUUGCUAGAUUGGUUAAGGCUUUCUUUAGGGAACCUGCUUUUAGUUCUACCCUUUGAUUCGGCUCUUGAAGGCAAAUGCCUGAAUGAACUCGGCAUUAUGAUCCAGACCAUAAGGCGCUGUGAUUACCGAUGUAUCUUCACGCUCCCUUCACCAUCUCGCUUGCCUACUAAGAACUCUAAACUGCAAUUUUUUAACUUUGUGAAGUUCCCUCCCAAAACUCUAAAGAUCAGUGGCAUUAUGAUCCCAACUCCAUGGAGUGGGGGUUACCACCUUUUCUGCCCGAGUUGCACACAGUACCCAGUUACCCUGUCCAUCGCUCCUUUUAUCCUCAACCAGAGCAUUUGCAACCCUGCUCACACCUCUGCUAAGGCUCUACUUCGAGUAGACAUCCUCACCCCGAUGAGGUUCCCAACCUUGGCUUCUUUAACGUCGCUUAGUCUUCAAUCGAAGUCAGCGGCCAACUUCUCUUCCACCGACUUGUCUUUGGAAGUUACACCGAUAUUGCUUGACCUCACAGGCUCCAUAAUCUUUCAUAGGAAUUGGUUCAUAGCUCUCAAGACUACAAUCUCGAUGACCCCUAUCUACUUAUGUACCUUUGUUAUUUUGGCUUUGGUGAUUGCCUACCUUUGUUGUUAUUUAAAUUUUGUCUCUUACCUUGUAUGUGGUGUUCUAUUCUAA